AGUGUAGUGCGCAUUUCAUUCUAUUCUCAAAUCUUGUGUAAAUAAGCGAGUACAUGUUAUUGUCUGGCCCUGGCGGCCUGGCCUUGUCUCGUGUUGCCACUGUUGCCAGUCACCUAGUCAGCUGUUUCUUGAUUUAUGGGUUAAGGUUUACAUUUAAGUGCUAUUUGGGUGAUAGAGUAGAGAUAGGAGGUUGAGGCUCAGUUAGACCGAGUAGUAUUUACUCAACAACCAGGUUAAUAGGCGAUGUGUUCAAUUUAAACUUCUCUCCUGAUUUAAACUUGAUAUCGCCGUUCAUGUGAGGUAUUGCAUACACCUUAGACCUAAGGAAAACCCCACACAAAAAGUCCAUGGGGUUGAGAGCAGGACAUCUUGCAGGCCAAGGAAGCAGGAAGUGUCUUGCCUGAUUGACACCUCAUACAGGUAGCAGAACCUUAUGGGAGAUCAUGGCAGAGACUGAAGACAAGAAAAAAUAUGAUAAACAUACAGACCCAGUCUGGAUGUCACUGCUGGCUGGUGCGAUGGCUGGAGCUCUAGCCAAGACUGCCAUUGCCCCUCUAGAUAGGACGAAGAUCAAUUUUCAGAUCUCCAAUACUCGUUAUACUGUGAGGGGAGCCGUGAGUUUCAUCAUCCACUCUUAUAGAAAUGAAGGGUUCCUGAGUCUAUGGCGUGGGAACAGUGCCACUAUGGCUCGGAUUAUCCCUUAUGCUGCCAUCCAGUUCUCAGCUCACGAGCAGUGGAAGCGGGUGUUGGGUGUGGAUCAUCAUAAUCAGCCGGAUGAUCCAGUGAGACGGUACAUUGCAGGAGCUAUGGCGGGAGUGACAUCACAGUCGCUCACAUAUCCUUUAGACCUGGCAAGGGCUCGGAUGGCUGUCACUCAGAAGCAACAAUAUUCCUCACUGAAAGAGGUUUUCGUACAUAUGAUGCACAAUGAAGGACCCAAAGCUUAUUUUCGUGGCUAUGUUCCCACUGUAUUGGGAGUCAUACCUUAUGCUGGUACAAGCUUCUUCACUUACGGUACUCUGAAACGUUGGCAUAAAGAAAACAAAUAUCCCAACAGUGCAUUGUUCAACUUGGUGUCGGGUGGUAUAUCGGGGAUGGUAGCCCAGACCACCUCCUAUCCCCUGGACAUAGUGAGGAGACGGAUGCAGACUGCUGCAGUCACAGGUUCUGAUCACAAGUACCGGAGUAUUAUUGCCACCAUUGCCGUCAUAUACAGGGAAGAGGGUAUCAAAGGUGGAUUUUUUAAGGGUCUUAGCAUGAACUGGAUCAAGGGUCCCAUUGCUGUGGGUAUCAGUUUUGCGACAUACGACUUUGCGCUAGAAAUGUUGAGAGGGCUUCCGUGACAUUUGCUCUAUUGGGGAGUCAACGCCUGAUGACCAGCUGGCUUCCCACAAACUUCCCACCGACUUCCCACUGGUCGCUCUUCAACAACAGAUUCUUGUUAGAGGCCAUUUUGUAAUAAAUUCCACUGCAUCCUUAACACUAUAAGCUAACAUCAAAAUCUAAUAGAAUAGGAUAUUACGUUCGUAGAAUUUGUUUUGUCAAGUUGUGACAAGUUAGAUAAUCAUAUGGCAAGUUUAAAUUUUCUACAAGUUAUAUCAGGUGUAAUAAACUUUUAUGUUGGGCAACACACUUUUAGGUUGGUGUUUUUGUUUCUCAAACUUGUUUUAUUACUAAUUUGCGGCCAUUGUUUUAAAAUAUUUAUCUCAUAUACCAACACAUUAUGCACUUGCCUUUGUGUUGCAAUAGAACUUAUUAAAAUAAAUUAUUAUUUAACUAUUUAUUAAACUAUUUAAUAUGCGAGUGCAAAAAAGAAAACAUUAAUGAAGUUGUGUUUAAAUAUAUCAUAAAAGAAUGUAUGGUUUUAAAAUUUAAUUACUAAAGUGAUCAAGGGAUGUGAUGGAAUAUUAUAUUAAAAUUAUUAUUAGGGCCUUGUUUGGUGCUAAUAAUUUUACUGCUAUUUGUAAUCUAGUCAUUAAGUAAAGUAAAUUAAAAUAUAAUUAUAUUUAGUGUACUGUAAAGUAUUUUGUAAAAAACCAAAUUCUGAAAAACAUGUCUGGUUGUAGUGUAGAAGUAGAAUCAUCAUGGUAAUUUUUGUUUGGUUUAUUGAUUAGAAAGAAAAUUAUUUUAAUUCUUUAAGAGUUAAAUUUUCUUAACAUUUAAUGUAUUAAUAUAUGUUUUAAGUGGAUUUAUUUUCAAUAGGGGUUUCAUUCCAGAAACAUGUAAAUGUUUGCUAGUCAUUUCAUUAUAUUUAGAAAGAAGACCAAAUGUUGGAUUAUAUAAGUUGAAAAACUUUUAUUUGCCAUGAUUAACAUAACAUUUUCUGGUGCUCAUGUAUAACAUUAGUUGCCAUUUGAAUUUGGUAUAAAAUAGUAACAAGACUGAAGUACAUUAUAAAACAAUUAAAUGGUGUCAUCAUUAUUUUAAUAUUAUACUUACAGUAGGGUAACAGUUUAUUCAAUAAACAUGUGAAAUGGAAUUACAACAUUUAAAGUAUUUAAAGGUUAUAAAUUAUAUAGUUUUAAACCAUCUGUUAAUUUUAAUCCAUCUGUAAGUAAGUUGGCCAAAACAGCACAAAAAUGUUUUAUAUUUUUUAUUUACUAAUGUUAUAUAUUUGUAUUAAUUUAUUGAAUGAUUAUUAUUUAAAAAUUAAUAAUUUAUUUUCCUAUUUCUUACACAAGCAGCACACAUAUAUUUUAAUUCAUGAUAAAGAUUUAAUAGUUUGCACAAAUUUACACAAUUAGUUCAUUAUAGGUUUUGCAGCAUCCAAAAGUACUUUUGUUACAAUGUUGAAGAAUUUUUGUCAACUUUCAUCAGUUUGACCUUAUUUUCUUGAAAUUUAUAAUAUAAAAUAUAUAAUGAAGCUUGUUCAGCAUCUUGUUGAUGGGGUAAAUUAUGUCACUUUUUUCUAUUUUUUUUAAAAUUUGUGUACUAUACCUACUUAGCAUUUAUUUUCGCUCUAAAAUUAGUUAGUAAUUGAAUAUCAAAAUGUAAGAGCAAAGGUUUUAUAAUUACAAUCUUUUAGUAAUCAUAUGUAUUGUUAUUGUUUUAUAUUUUGAAAAUUAAUCCUAUAAAUAAAUAUAAAUAAAAAUGUUAAUGUUGUGUUGUUUACUUGCAUGUUACAAUGUUUCAGUUGCUAAGUUUAAUAAGUAAAAAUUGAUAAGCUAUACAAAGCCUUAUGCCAAUAAUGUGCCUAAUAAUCGUCAUGUUUUCGACUUUAAUCACCAGUAUUUCCUCUUCCAUAUUCAGAAUUCAAGUUUUAACCAACCAAUGUAGCUUGUGUGAAUAAUUAGUGGAUAUUUCCGAAAGGUCACUCAUAACUAGUAAAUAGUGUACUUAUUUAGUAAUGCUUGGGGAUAGUUUUUUUAAAUUUUUUUAAGAUCAUUUUGUCUCUUAUUAUUUUCCCACAAAUCUCGUUAUGAGCUAACAAGUAGAUUGUUUUCAAAUAUUUAUUUACAGAUCAAAGAAUUUGUAAUAAUCAAUAACACUUAUUAAAUGAUUUUAUAUUGAAGCUACUUUUAUAUAUCUUGACUAUUCAAUUUGAUUGCUUAGACAAAGAGAGAUACAAAGAAAUGUAUGUGGCUGUUGAGCCAUUUAUUAAGUGUGAAGUUGAACAUUAUUAAAUUUAGUCAGUAUAAAUAAAUCAAUUAAUACAUCAAAUGUAUGCACGUUCCUUUAGUUUUCAAAUCAGUUUUGUUUUCCUUGACUAAAAGUAAUAUUUUAUAAUCAGAUUUUUAUCAUGUUCAAAAAAAUAUAAACUGGAGAACAAAUGAUUGUUGUUAGUUAAUCACACAAAUCUCAUAAGUAGUGUUGAUGAAAUGUUUUAUACCAUGGAAAUUGUUGUAUUUAAUCUUCUAUAAAUGUUUUAUCACUGUUAAUAAAAGUUGUCAAAAAAUAAA